AUGUCGAGAAGCACCGCCGACUCCAGAACGGCGUCGUUUAAGACAGCAGGCGAAAAUCCAUCAUCGUCAUCAUCCGACAACGAGGACAGCUUCACAUCACUUCCGCCCGCUCCGAUCUCAGCGCGGACAUCAGAAAGCACGGUUCGCCACUUCGUGGCCGAGAACCAUGAGACCCCUAAAAAACGCGAACCGAAGGCUGUGGGCCUGGGUCUAGGCCUGGAGUCCAGUCCCGAGGAGAGCAUCACUCCCAAAUCAAAACGCGAAUUUGUUAGUUUCGACGGGGAGUGGGGCUCCAAAACUGACGAUGCUGUGAAGGAAUGGGACGAUAAUCUUCAACGGAAUGUUGCUGUGCGGCACCCUCGAACCGCAAAUCAGAAUGCAGCGGGGUCAGGCGUCCGAGACGAAGUCUUUGAAGACGUUAUAGUGACGCCAACAAAUGCAACAAAGGCGCUUCGUUCCAUAUCUUUGCCUCAGAGGAUUUUGACCUUCCCAUCUUCGAACGAAAGUACCGACCAGCUUAGAACACAGGCACAAAAGCCAGUUCAGCACCGACAGCCACCUCCACCACCACCACAACAACAGCAGCCGCGACGGCAACAACAGCGACACCAACGUAAUGGCACCUACUUUGGCUCCGUCGACGCGCGACAGGCGGCCUCGUAUCUCGACUGCAUCAUCUACAUCGAAUCUACGUCACUACUGGACGAGACAACCAGACAGCGACGUCCGAACGGUGGGCGUUUCAACAGCAGUGGCCACGACAGCAUUGCCUCCACGACCAGCAUGAACAGUAUCUCGAGCCGGAGCGCCAGACGUGAGAUCUGGAAGGCAGGCGGUAUUCCUGUUGUUGUUGUCCCAAGCCGCCUGUCAUCUUUUUCAAAGAGCAGGGAGGUCUCUCCAUACAUGGAACAGGGCAGCCGGCGAAGCAGGGCGUAUUCUGCGUCUGAAGGAUCCACACGGAACAGCUUCGCGCGUGAUGGCUCUGCACCGGGUGAUCAGCGCACGAUCGACUUCCCUCCUACCAUUCCGAAGCGGUCUUCAUCUCUUUCGGCCCCGACAAGCCGCAACGUGUCACGGAGUGGAUCGCUGACUGCUGAAAGCGUUCACGCGCAUUCGGCAAUCUUGAAGGCCCGCCUCAAUGACCAGGCGAAAGCUUCUCCUGGUACUGAGCCGAAUGAUACAGACCAUAGCACUGCAGCGGGGCUAGCUCAACAACAAUCCGAGCGGUCUUUGGAGCCAGCAUUACGGCCUGAGAUUAGAUAUGAGGCUCCUGCAAUCCCAGAGGCUCGGCGCUCUGAAAGCCUCUUGUUACGCGAUACGCAGAUGGAGCAAAGUAUUGCUGCGGAUGAGACAGUGCUACCUCGGCUCGGCGACCACACCGAAAGACACGAGGAUGUCCAAAAACGUGAUUCGGAUAAAAUCCACGGCGAUGACAGCAACUACGACCACCGCAACCUCCUUGACCCGAGAUCGAGCUUGGAUCGUUACAUGGACCGCUAUUCUUCACGGCACUUGUCGCCGCACAACACUCCCUUCUCCAUGGUGUCUGUUGAGACGAACACGACACAUCACUCCCAAGCUGAAUUGUCUGAAGCCUUGGCAGUCAACAUCUACCCUCAUCAAAAUACCUCGGUGCUUGUUGUUGACCACUCCAAUCGACCGUCAGAUUGCUCAGACGACUCACAGCCAGACCGCCUGACGGACGACACGGGGCCUAGCUCCUCGAAACAGGAGUCGUCUCCAGCAUCAGACUUUGCAUCGGCUCUCACGCCAAGCUCCGUCUCCGCGCCACCGCUAGAUCGGCCAAGAAUAACAAAGACGGAUCACGACACAGCAGAAGACGUACCUGUAACGCCAUCCCACCAGCAACCAUUCUCACUCGACGAUGUCGACUCGCCUCUGCGGAAUCCGCGUGCUCCGCCAGAGCCUCCAGCGAUCAACUUCAUCCCGGCAACGCCAUCAGGGCUAACCCCAUCGACUGAGAGAGAGCAGAACCGGGGCAACUACUUUGAAGAAGUUGUCCAAGGUGCUAGCGAUGGCAGACCUCGCCGGCGGCGCAGUGUAUCUUUAGUUUUGCGAAAGGCGCUCAGCCGUGGCCGCAGUGCGACAGCCGAGUACGGUCCAUCGGCCAGCCGAAGCGGUGGUCUUUUGACACGCACGCUGUCGUUGACGAGAGACGUGCAGAGGAAAGCGUUUUCCAUCCGUCGCUCUGACUCCAUUGACCAGGGCAGGGGUACCUCCUUUGAGAUCGAGCCUGUAGAGGAGGAUAAGCUCCACCCAUUCUGGCGGCCGGCUUCCCAGCUGUUGGAUGACGACGAUUACCGGCACAGCAACGGCCACGAGGACGAGGAAAACUACCGGUAUCCUCCUAUUGACAACCGCCCACGUGGCCCGCGGAGAAGUCUGAGCAUGCGGAUGAAGAAGACGUUUGCCAUCCUUCCCAUCGACGCGGCGGAUGAUUUCUACCCAGCUUCGAUUGACGACAUACCGGCGGAUCGCCGGACAGUACGCCGCACGCCUAGUGGCAACCUACGUGUGGUCAAGCAUCACGGAAGCACCGAGUCUCUUGGUGAAUAUGCUACAGUCGACGACCACCGGCCAUACACGGCGCCUGGGCGUCAAGGCAGCCGCAAGUUUCGGUUUUGGCGCAGCCCUUCGUUGGGCCGCAGAGACCGCCCCGAGCUGCGUGACAACUACUACAGCCAGAGUACUGGCGCUGAUGCCGGCAACGCGGUCCACGAAGACGAGAAACCCGGGUCCCCAGGUGCCGCCGGUGCGGAUGGUGCUGCUGGAGGGGAUAGAAAACCCAUGAGGAUCUUGCCGGAUCUUGGCCUGGGCGACAAAAUUGGCGAGUACGGACCACAUACGAUUCCGCGGCGAUUUAGCGAACGGCGCCGGGAGAAGAGGAGCAACGAGCUGCGGCAGAAGAUUAGCGGACCGCAGGAGGUUCGCGAUGGCGUGGGCGAGGUGAUCCGGCGGACAAAUUACCGCGACGCCUUUACACAAGCUCAAGCGAGCUGA